AGAUCAUAUAAGUGCAGUAAUUGCUGCUGCGAGGGAAGAAAAAAAAAGAAAGAAGAAAAAGUGCUGCUGCUACUGGAGAGUGGUUUUGAAUGUGUGACAACACGGAUAAUUAUCGCCUCAUUCAUCAGUCGUGACGGGACAGUGAAUAUACAAGGGUGGGAUGUUAUUGUGCUGCUGAUUAUCUGGACAAGAAUCUGCACUUCCGAGGUCUCAAUAAUCCCCAGGAGGAGGAGGAUAAUGAGGCGUCGCAGUAAUUAGGCCCUCGUCGCACUGCUGCUGCUGCUGCCGAUAUACACAGUAUAAAUCUAACCGAUUUCUUCCUGUCGAGUUUUCUUGUUUCCUCACAACAAAAUACUGGAAGAAAAGGAUGCGGACCUGGUCGACGUUGUUGCUGUUGUUUUUGGUGUUUGUCAAUUUGAGAUAUGACUGCGCAUUUGGGCACUUGUCGCUGUUUAUUGACCAAGAAGAGACCUUCAAAUUGCUGGGUUUGGCAGCUGAGAUUGUGUAUGUCAGAGAUGGGAAAGUGGAUUCGUAUCCACUGUCUUUUGAGAUGCCAGUUCCUCCUGAGAUUCCUGUGCUGAAUUUCUCAUGGGAAAACAGGGCCAGUGUGGAGGUAAAUUACGCCAUUUAUGUGAAUGUGACUUCACCUGAGCACCAGCAACUGAGUGCUGGCACCAGGGUGUUACUGCCACCUAGCCUGAGCAUACCAAACUCUGGUGUGGUACCACACAGGAGGUCUGAAUGGAGUGUGAACUUGGAAUGCUCUGGACUUGAGACAGCAACUGUGGAUGUGUCCAUAAUGGUCCUGGCAUCCACUCAGGUGUCUGCAAGGGCACUCUUGGCAGCUGUCACAACACCAGCGACAUCUACCCCUAAUCCACGCAAACCACCUUCCAGUGAUGUUCUGGUGGUGCCCUUGAAGAGAAAGAAAACCUGUGCAGUGAAUCCUGAGCUGAGGGUGAUAAACAAUAAGAAGACUGAGUCCCAGGCCUCUUUGGUGUCUCAAGAGCUGCAUCAGAAACCAUCAGCAGCAGAGACAGAAGAGGUUGAGGACCCUGCUCUGUUGGCAUCCCCCAGUGACAUGUUCUUCAUUGUGGCUGGCAGUGCUGUGGGUGCUGUGUUUGCAGCUGUGUGUCUUGGUGUGGCCGUCUACUGGACCAGGACCAAAUAUGGCACAGUGGCUAGGUCAUCUGCCAGUGUUGGAGCAAGUACCACGUCCACUGGGGUCAAGUACCACACUUCAGCGGCAAUGAGUGAGCAGAGAACAGUUUCGCCGAGUCUUGGAAGUGAAGAGCGACAUCUGCUCAUGACCCCAUCAGAUGCCACGAGUGACACGAUUCAGACGGACCCAGCUGCCACCUGUGGCUUCCAUUUGAUAGUCCGCGUUUGUGAACAGGAAUGCAGCACUGGCAGAAUAGUGUCUGGAUUGUUGCUGGUGCUCAGUGAGGAAGUCAGAAGACCCCCGAGAGAUGUCACUGUCAAGCAACUUACUUCACCAGAGCAACUGCAAGAAGCUGCAUUACUGCUGAGACCAGAUGUGCCAGGAGGCAAACGCCACGCCCACUUGCUGGCGCCACUCGCCAUCUUGCACCACGUGCCCUGCGUGGUGUACCCUUACGCAGGCGUGAACCUCAAGCACCAUUUGCACCGGCUCCACGCCAACAUGUCCAAGAUGGGCAUGACCACAGUGGUCCGACUCGGUGCCCAGUUGGCAGAGGCGCUGCACUUUCUCCACUCACCGGCUGGUGGUUCCCUCGUCCAUCCAGAUGUCGCUGCGAGGAACUGCUUCGUCGACUCUGCCGGCUGCGUGCUGCAAUUGAGCGACGCGUGUCUGAGCAGAGACCUCUACCCGGGGGACUACGAACCUCAUGGCAUCGCAGGAGAUUUGUUGCCUGUGCGCUGGAUGUCGCCGGAAGCGCUGCUGCACCAGGGCCCCGUCUGCGACAUCUGGGCGUUGGGGGUGACUCUCUGGGAGUUGUGCACGCUGGGCAGAGAGCCCUUUGGUGGUGCUGGACAGGUGUCGCUGCCUGAUGCAGUUCUGGCUGGGCUCCAGCUUCCCCAGCCUCCCAAUUGCCCUGAUCAAUUAUAUGCAGUUAUGGUGCAGUGUUGGCAGUUGGAGCCAGGGAACAGACCCAGUCCUGAGGCAGUGGAGACCUUUUUGGAUGACCUACUGGCUCAACUGCAUGACUACAUCUGA